UUUGAAUUGUGAUUGUGCGUAAACUACGUCAAAUCUGCGCAGAUGCACCAGGUGCAGAACGAACACAGCUUCCUUGUCUUCGUCUUUUCUUGACGCUCUCUCGGGUUUUUUUUGCCACAUAGAAUCCGGGCGAUUCGCUUCACUGGAUGUGAGAGGUGUGAUGGAAUAUGCGGGGAGCCUCUAGGGAUGCAGGGGCGGGUCUGGUGUCACGGGAUUGGCUGGAAGCUGAUGCCAUUCAGUAGCUGCGCUUCGGCCUGUCUGCAUGAUAUAAACAACAUGGACAUGAUCGCGCAUUCUCCAGACACUAAAUAUAGCUAUUAAGGCCACCGGAGGGGGGUGGAGGACGGCUGUUAUUCCGGGACAUUUCAACGUGGUGGUGAACUUGCACCACCUGAAUUACUUUCCUGAGAUCAAUCGGUUAUUGUGCCCUCAAAGGAAAACUCAGUUCAGACCAAACAUGCCGUCGGCGUACAACGGGAGAUCCAGGGCGCGGGAGAGAAACAGCGUCCUGAGCAGACCCGAGUUCAUGUCUCUCAACCAUCAGCCCCUCCGAGGUGGCUGCGGACCCCCGGAGAGCCGCGGCGCGCCUAAACGCGCGGCUCAACCCAAGCCCCAAGCCAUCCAGAAGAACGAAGAACCUACCGACGGCGGCAGCAAGGACAGGAGAGAGUCCACCAAGAUGCCAGAGGAAGACUGCAUGCAGCUGAACCCUUCCUUCAAGGGGAUAGCGAUGAACUCCCUCCUCGCCAUUGACAUCUGCCUGUCCAAGCGCAUGGGGGUGUGCGCUUCCACGUCGUCCUCCUGGGGAGGCUGCCGGUCCAUGGUGGCCCUGCUGGCGCUCACGGGGCACGGCAUCACGUGGAUCAUUGGCACUAUCGUAUGUCUGACACGGAGCAACACUCUGGCUGGUCAGGAGGUCCUGGUCAAUCUGCUGCUGGCCCUCCUUCUUGACGUCAUGACCGUGGCUGGAGUCCAGAGACUGGUGAAGCGCAGGGGUCCGUGGGAGAUGACGCCGGGCUUCCUGGACUGCGUCGCCAUGGACGUGUACGCGUUCCCCGCGGCCCACGCCAGCCGGGCCGCCAUGGUCUCCAAAUUCCUGCUGUCUCACCUGGUGCUGGCCGUGCCCCUGCGCAUCCUGCUGGUGCUGUGGGCCUUCCUGGUGGGCAUGUCUCGGGUGCUCUUGGGCAAACACCACCUGACAGAUAUGGUGUGUGGUUUUGCCCUGGGCAUGUUUCACUUUAGUCUGAUGGAGACGGUGUGGCUGUCCUCAAACACCUGUCAGACUCUUAUAUCCAUAAGCACACUCAGCUGGAGCCCUUUUUUCUGAGCUUUGCUUGGCUUAACAUGAUAUUGCAACUGACGUUUCAACAGUGCAAUGCUGCAGACUUGGAUCUUUGGUCUUGAGGAGCUAUUUUUUUUGCCGUAGUAGGGAGGUUUUACUACAAGCUGUGACCACAGGAAACUGAUAUUUGGAUGCAGAUGAUGAGUUGCAUGUAACAAGCAAAAAAAA